AUGAGAUCUCACGGACAGCAAAUCUCUGAUCGUUUGACUGUCGAAGUUGACUGCCACUCUUUGGGCCCAAGUGAAUGCCCUUCGAUGACUUCGAGCUUUUCUCCUUUGGACUCUCCUACUCCCACGCCUACCAGUCUCUACGGCCAAGGCUCAAUGGCCUCACCCGGGUGGCACGAGCCCUCCCACUAUCACCACGCCGUCCCAAUGGAGCGCCGAACAUCGGCUACCCCAUUGCGCAGCGCAUUCCGAAUGGCUGAUCUCACCUCAGGCGAAGGCAUGAUGAAUAUGCCCUGCGGUAACAUGGACCGACAGGAGCAGAUGCCCCUCCCCGACUAUCUUCCUGGAUACGAUGAGAACGUCGACCAACUUUGGAUUCCUCAGGAUAUGCCAAAGACAUACCAGGAACCCCAGUUUCCAUACCAGGCCUCGAUGCCCCAGUACAACCAGAUGGCUCGCAACUACUACCACCGUCCGCAGCAGGCUGGCUAUCUGCCUGAAUCGGCCUCCAACCCUUGCUUGUCUCGUCCAAUCUUUACCCAACCCACUGAGCGGAUGCCGAAUUCCGCCUCAAUGUCUAAUAUGCUCGGCUGGAUGCCCUCCGAGUCGUUGGUACCUCAAACCAUCACACCGGCACAGGUCCAGCCCUUCCCUUCAGGACCCGUGACCCCUCCUUCUUCGUCUUACUCCGACUUUCCCACCAACAUCCCAACCUUCAAGACCCACACUCCUUCUACUCCUCACCGAUCGGUCUCCAUGGGUACUCCUUCAGGGUCAGAUACCCCUGUCAGUCGAAUGUCCGGACACAAUGACUACCAGGAAGAGUUCCAGCUCUCUCCUGUCUAUCGCGAAGGUAUGAUGCAACGUCACCGCCAACCUUCGCGCAAAUCCUCCAAGAAACAGCUCCUUCGCUCUAACCUGAGCCUCGAGAACUUGCCGUCAAUCAUUAAGCAAGUGCAGUUCAAGUGCAAGGAGCCCGGCUGCAAGGGACGUUUCAAGCGCCAGGAGCAUCUCAAGCGCCACAUGAAGAGCCACUCCAAGGAGAAGCCUCACGUCUGCUGGGUUCCUGGCUGCCACCGUGCCUUCUCCCGCAGCGACAACCUGAACGCCCACUAUACCAAGACCCACAGCAAGCGAGGCGGUCGCAACCGCUACGUCGCGACCCUCGACGAGACCAGUCAAGAUUUCGACCCGGACUUCCGUGGACAGCUUACUCCCGAUGGACGGCCCAUCUACGGCAGCAAGCUUGAAGACACUAUGCCUGACUGUGGCGAGCUGAGCGUCGAUGGUUGGGAUGAUUAG